CUCAUAUACUUUAUUGUAUAUAAAUUGUACCAAUGAACAAUACACGGACAAACAAAUCAUAAUGCAGUUUAUCAUACUGCUUACGGGACUGAUAUUACAGAGUGAUGUUAAUGUUAAAAGAAUAUAAUGUUCACUACUUUACAUGAAUUUUAAUAAAAGAAGUGAAAUGAAUACAACAUUAGCUGGAAAAAUUGAAUUUAAAGAAUUAUGUAAUGUAUUGGAGGAAGUUUCUAAAACACGUAAUACUACCAAAAAAGCUGAUAUUUUAGACCAAUUUAUUAAAAAAUGUCGUAUUAUGAGUCACAAAUUAAAAACAGAAUUUCCAGAUAUGGAUAUUUCAUUUUUUCCUAUAUUAAAAUUAAUUUUACCGAAUCUUGAACGAAGACACGAGGCAUAUAAUUUAAAAGAAAAAUCUCUCGCUGAUCUUUAUAUUCGUGUAUUUUGUUUGGGAAAAGAUAGUAAGGAUGCAAAAAACCUUAAACAAUACAAAGCUCCAGUUGCAAAAAAAAUCGCAGGAUGCAAAAAAGCUGAAAAAGAUUUUGCGGAAAAAGCAUGUUAUAUUUUGCAAAAUCGUUUAUCAUCCAAAAAUUCUGAUUUUACUUUAGAACGAAUUAAUUUAUUUUUAAAUAAUAUAUCGUUAAAAAACAAUCGAAAAGAUGAAAUAUUUAAAUUUUUAUUAGAAAAAACGAAUGCAUUAGAAUUCAAAUGGAUAACACGAAUUAUCCUAAAAAAUUUAAGGCUUGGUAUUACGUCGAAAAAAAUAUUGCAAGUUUUUCAUCCAGAUGCAAAUUCAUUAUUUGAUGUAUCAUCUAAUUUGCAACAUGUUUGUGAAACAUUAUGUGAUCCCCAAUUAAGAUAUCAUUGUGACAUUCAAGUUUUUUCUCAUUUUAAACCUAUGUUAUUAGAACGAUAUCAGAUUGAGAAUAUAGAGAAACUUUUUAAUGAAAAAGAACAAUAUUUUGUACAAUGCAAAUAUGAUGGUGAACGAUCUCAAAUGCAUAUGAAAGAUGGAAAGUAUAAAUAUUUUACACGACAAGGAUAUGAUAUUACAAAUUAUUCUGGUUUUGGGGAAACUAGUUCUUUAGGUUUUAUGAGUAGUGUAUUUGAUCGAUUAUUAAAUCAAGAAGUAAAAUCAGUAAUUUUAGAUGGUGAAUUAAUGGGUUGGCAUAAAGAAAAGAAAUUAUUAGGCUCAAAAGGAAUGAAUUAUGAUGUUAAAAAACUGUCAGAAAAUAGUCAUUAUCAGCCAUGUUUUGUCGCAUUUGAUAUUAUUAUGCAUAAUGAUAUAUUAGUUAAUAAUGAACCUUAUGAAGAAAGACUUAAAAUUUUAAAAAAUAUAUUUAAAGAAGAGGAAGGUCAUCUUUUAUUAUGUGAAUCUAUUAAAGUUUCCAAGAGUGAGGAAUUAUGUAAUAUAUUUAAUGAAAGUAUUAAAAAUAAAGAAGAAGGAAUUGUAGUAAAAAAAUGUGAUAGUAAAUAUAAACCAAAUAUAAGAGAUGGUACUGGAUGCUAUAAAAUAAAAGCUGAGUAUUCUGAAGAUUUGGUACAAGAUAUAGAUUUAAUAAUACUUGGUGGUUAUUAUGGGGAUGGAAAAUUUAUAGGUUUAAUAAAAAGCUUUUUAAUGGGAGUAGCUUCAUCACCAAAAACUCCUGGUGAAAAUCCUACAGAAUUUUUAUCUGUAGUAUCAGUUAGUAAUGGUUUAUCUAUGGAUGCAUUGAAAGAACUCUGGAAAAUAUUUGAAAAUAAGUGGCAAAGUGAACGCCCUACGAAUGUAAUUCCUCCCAAGAUCGAUCCGCCAGAAUUAUGGAUUCGCCCUGAAAAUUCUAUUAUCUUAACUGUAAAAGCAACAGAAAUGACACGAAGUUCUGAUUAUCCAACGAGAUACAGUUUACGAUUUCCUAGAGUUACAAACAUUAGAACUGAUAAACCAUGGUAUAAUGUUUGUACAACUAAUAAUUUGAAAUCAUUAAUUAAGAAUACGUGGCCAAUUCAAAAAUUGACAAAAAGACAAAUAAAUUAUGAAGAUAUAGAAGUACCUGAAACCAAAAUAUCUAAAACAAAAAAAUAUUACUCAAGAAUAAAGAAUGAACAAAUAUUGAUAAAACCAAAUAUUUUUGUUGAUCCAUCAAUUCAACUUACCCGACUUUUUGAUGAUAAAGAAAUUUGUGUAAUAAAUGGCAAUGACGAAUUGCCUAAAGAACGGAUUGAAGAAAUUCUUUUACAACAUGGAGCAAAAGUUGUACAAAAUCCUUUAAAGGAAAAUUACUGUGUUAUAAUUGGUAAUGUUAAAACGAUAAAAGCAAAUAAUAUUAUACAAAAUAAUAAUAUACAUAAAAAAUACGAUAUAGUAACAUUAGAUUGGUUCAAACGGGUUACCAAAGAAGAAAACUGGUCAUCAUUGCAAGAUUUCUUACCAUGGGAUUUGAUAUGCAGUCGCGAAUCGACAAGACAACGAUUAGCACAAUAUUAUGAUGAUUAUUAUGAUCACUAUACCAUAGAUGCUAAUGAAGAAACUUUACUUCGUUCGUUUAAAAAAUUAGAAGAAACGGAGAAAAAUACUAAAUUUGAUUAUACAGAAAUGAAUAAAAUAAAUCAGGAAUUAUUUGAUAAUGAAAUAUCUCCUUAUUCUCUAUUUUGUGGUAUUAUAGGAUAUUUCAAUGAUCCAUCAGAUUUGUCAAAAUUUGAAUUUCGAUUUAUGGGUGGAACUAUUAAAGAAACUAUCGAUGAUUCGAUAACAAAUAUCUUUAUUAACAAUAAUUAUAUCAGUACUGAACUUCAAAAUUUAAUUGGCAAUAAAUUACAAAUGUUAACAAUUAUUAAAAGUGAGUGGAUUGAAGAAUGUUUUAAACAAAAUGCAAUUAUUCCUCACUCUAAGUAUCUGAUUCAAUAAAAAAUAAUAUAUUAUAAAAUUUUUAAAUAUCUGUAUUUUAUAUACCAUAUAAAUAAAAUUAAUGAAUUAUAUCAUAAUAAAUUUACGAAUUAUAAUAUGGUUCUAUUUUUGA